GUGCAGCCUUCCGUGUGGACCAGUUAUGGAACACGAAAAGGCCAAGAGCCAAGCAGAGCACUGCCCCUUGCAUCUGCGAACAAUUUAUUGGGCUUUAAAAUGUGGCUGGUCGCCCCUGCUGUGCUGGCCGAUUCUUUGCUUCGACAUCCCCAACGACUCCACGAGCGCUGUUGUUUCGCCCUUCCAGAUCUCUUGCAUCGUAACGGCUCUGUACCUUGAUCAACACCCCUCAAAGGUCUCCAAGAUGGCCCAGCAAAUGGCCCAGCAGUUCCAGCAGCAGAUGGGCCAGCAGAUGGGCUACGGUUACCAAGCCCAGCUGCCACCGCCGCCCCAACCGCUGGGCAUCUUCAAUGAGUUCAUUUUCAGCCAGCCCGUGACGCUGGUGCUCAAAGAAAAGAUGUUUGACAGCUUCGACAUCAACGACAUCAACGGCCAUCCCGUCCUGCGCGUCAAGGGCCAUCUCGCGUCGCUGCAUGGCCGGAAGUCGGUUUACAACCUCCGAGACCAACACCUCUUUGACAUUUCCAAGGAGCUUAUGCACAUCCAUGCCACCUUUGUCGUCGAGGAUCCCGGCCAGAGGAAGCUCAUGGAGGUGAAGAGCAGCUUUGCUCUCCUCGGGUCCAAAGCCACAGCCACAUUCACCACAGUUCAGGGCCAGCCUGUGUCCCUGAUGAUGAAGGGGAACUGGUUUGACACGGCUGCCGACAUCGUCAAUGAGGCCACGGGCCAGCCCGUUGCCCGCAUCCAGCGCCAGCUCACUGGGGGCGAGAUCUUGUUUGGCCGCCAGACAUACCACUUGACAGUGGCCCCGGGCGUUGACACGGCGCUGCUGGCCGCCAUGUGCAUCUGCAUGGACGAGAAGAACAACGAGGGCAAGGGCGGCCUGUGCACUGUGAUGUGAUGCCGACUGGAGCGAUUACGAACUGGAGGUAAUUAUGGCGGUGGGUAAUCCGGGAAUCUGGUUUGCAUGUUCAUGUUGAUACGCGUUAUCCUUAUUAUACCCCCUGUGCUAUGUUUUUGGGAUUGGACGAUUCAGCUAGGUAGAGUUCGAUGGCAAACAAAUGGCACUGCUAGACGACGAAAACA